CGGUUUGACUGCCUUUGUGGGCUCCCUGUGGUCCAACAGUCAUAACAAACACCAACAAAUAUGGCGACGCAAUUUGGCUGAGCGAAGAUGUCUGUAUUUCGGUUCGGACGAGCGCUCGUUCGCUCGAUUUUUCGAAACGUCGACGCUGUUAAAGAAGCGUCUGCAAAAGUGGUACCAGUAAGUCGUCAUGCUUACACAACCACACUUGUCAGGUCUGGGUGUAAUUUUCCUACCCAGGCGACAGGGCGCAACCCAGUGUCUGCAUUCUCACAAGCUCUGUUCCAGGAAUUUAUAACAGCUAGAGGUGGUCUUGUUACAUCUACUGCCUCUAUUUUCAAAGGUGCUGCUUCAAUGCGGAUGAUGAGACAAGGCAAUGGGCGUGGCCCAAUGUUUGCAUUCCUUGGCCUAGUCUGCACAAAUUUUGGCGUUAAGUCAUUCUCAUCUGCAGAAGAUGAGCAAUUCUUGCAGCUUUAUCAGUGGAUUCAACAUGGAGUGAAUGCAUCACACAAAACAACAGAGCAGUGUGCUUCAAGCCACAAAGGCCUGAGACUAAAAGAUUACAAGAUUGGCCAUAAACUUGGCAACAGGUCAUGUAACUCUGCUGUCUAUGCUGCUUCUCGAAAAGAUGAAAAGCUUGCUAUCAAGAUGUUAUUUAACUACAGUGCAAGUUCUCAGAGUAGAGCCUUGUGGAAGGAGUUCUCAAAAGAGUCAGCUGUUCUGUCCAUCUGUCAGGAUGAAUCAACAGCACACACUGAAGGUCUGCUACAUGAUAGUUGUCCCAAGUACACCCAUCUCCCCACCCAUGUCAACAUUCUCCCUGUACUCCACACCUUUGUGGAUGAUAUGCCACAUCUUCCUGAUGCACAGGACUCCUACCCAGCAGCCCUUCCUGCCAGACAUGGUGGACUAGGAAGGAACAGAACAAUGUUCCUUGUAAUGCCAAGGUUCACCCACACCUUAGAGUCCUACUUAGCCUCGCUAGGCCGCCCUCCUGAGGUGCAAACCUCCUGCUUGCUUCUGCUACAGCUGCUGAAUGGACUUGUUCACCUGCAGGAGCACCAGGUGGCCCACAGGGACCUCAAGUCUGAUAACUUGCUCCUAGACACAUCCGUCUAUCCCCCAAGGCUUGUGAUUUGUGACUUUGGCUGUUGUCUGGCUGACACUCGUCAGGGUUUGAAGUUGCCAUUGUUGACUGACGAGACAGAUAGGGGCGGGAACAGUAUGCUAAUGGCACCAGAGGUCUCUACAGCUGAAUCUGGGCCUGGUGCCUCCAUUGACUAUACCAAAGCUGAUGUAUGGUCGGCCGGUGCUAUAGCAUAUGAAAUGUUUGGCGAGAGGAAUCCAUUCAGCCAUGGUGGCGCAGAAAGCCGGACUUACAGUGACAAAGAGCUGCCUACCAUUGACAGUGCGCCACCGGAACUCGCCCGUCUGGUAAAGCUGCUGCUCCGCAGGAAUCCACAAAGCAGGCUGUCAGCAGAUCACGCCGCUACAGCUCUGUACGUCUAUCUCAAUGCGCCGUCCUGGUGGUGGUGUGACACGCUGUUAGUCACACAUGGUGAUGUACUAAGGUGGUUGUUGAUGUGCAGUUUGCGGUGUUUAGCAGCAUAUUCGACUAGUGAUUGGUCGGGCGCCAUCUCACAGAUUCAUGCGACUUUUCUCAAGACUGCGAGCGUCGAGAAAGUGCUAGAUGCAGUGAGAUCGCUUCGCUUAAUUCGUCAGCAUUAGGAGCGCUAAUCAAGUAAAACAAGCGACCAUGCUUAGCAUUGCCCCGAGUUAUUACCUUGGUACAGGAUUCCUUGGUACCUUGGUACAGGAUUCCCCUCAAUAUAACAUUACGACCACAAAUUAAGUUAAGCGUGCUUCCUUUCCCCCCGUUUGUACAAAUUGUCUUCGCCAAAUCCGCUAAUAUGUGGAAGCGCGGAUAAUGAAUGAAAUAUCGCUUUAUUCGUGAGACUUAUUUUUAGGUAACUCGCUAGCUCACCACACAGGCGGACCAGGAUUAGAAUCAGUCCCUUGUGAUUCUACAGGAAAAUAAAAUAUAAUUUGAAGUUGUGUCUUGACUGUUUUCUCAAUAAAGCUAGUUGCAUUACUAUAGUAUUAGCCUCGUUUGUUGUUCUUAACGGGAAUUGUGGCACAGAAAGGGGUUUCUUUCGAGGGACUAGCCCCAUUCUGCGCCACAAUUCCCCUUAAGAACAACACACGAGGCUAAUUUUAAAGUAAUGCAUUGAGAAAACAGUCAAGACACAACUUCAAAUUAUAUUUUAUUUUCCUGAAGGAUCAUGAGGGACUGAUUCUAAUCCUGGUCCGCCUGUGCUAACCAGCGUGCGUGCCAACCAGAUUCUGGAAUCUUCCUAAAGCGCAUGUCAAUCAGAACAGUAUAUCUACCAUGCCUGGUUAAAUUUUUAAAACUUUGUAUUGGUGGCCACGGUAGCGCGGGUCGCACUGAAAAGCUUUUAACCUUUUAUAUCUGUUGUAAAUCUAGCUUGUAAAAUUUAAGGUUAAUAAACAAAGGGGUGCCGCGUG